AUGGUGUUCGGCAAGCCCACCAAAGGCGAGAAGAGCGCCGGCGUUAUCUACAGCUCCGAGCAGCAACCUGCCGGCCAGGUCGAAGCGCAACCCAUCGACGCAUCGUCAACAGAACCAUCCUCGGAGUCUGCUUCGACAUCGGGAAGAAAGCAACGCAACUGGUCACAGCGUCUCAACCCACUCAAGACGAAAUAUGUGCCCCUAGUUCCUGACAGGCGUCAGCCAUCGUUGGAGGCAGGAGCUGGAUUCUUCAGCAGACUGUUGUUCACUUGGGUUACUCCUCUCAUGCAUGUUGGCUAUCAGCGGCCGUUGGAACAAAACGACAUCUGGGAGGUUAACCCCGAGCGAAGCGCCGAGGUUCUCGAAGUCAAGUUCCGCGCCGCAUUUCAGAGGCACACGGCGAGUGGCAGCUCUCGCCCUCUCUUGCGCGCCCUUCUUAGCACCUUCAAGAAGGAGUUUGUCGUCGGCGCGCUAUGCCAGCUUGGCAGCACCGUGGCAUCGACCAUCUCGCCCUUCCUACUGAAGUAUCUGAUUGCGUUCGCGACUGAGGCCUACAAUGCAGCCAAGAACGGCUCGGCAGCACCGAACAUCGGAUACGGUGUCGGCCUCGUCAUCAUCAUCACGUUCUUGCAGAUCGUCAUGACGCUCAGCAUCAACCAUUUCCUGUACUUUGGCAUGACGGUAGGCGGCGAGGCAAGAGCCGUCUUGAUGUCUGUCAUCUUCGACAAGGCCAUGAAGAUCUCGGGACGCGCCAAGGCCGGGGGUUCAUCCGAUGUCGCACUCCCACCUAGCGAUGUAGCUCCUGGCAGCGACGAGGAGAAGAAGUGGUACAAGAAGCUACUGGGAACUAAGAAGAAGCAAGACAAGCCGAAACAACCUGAGACCAAGUCCGAAGGAGAGAGCGGAUGGAGUAAUGGUCGCAUUGUCAACCUCAUGUCAACAGACACCUACCGCAUCGAUACGGCUAGCGGCUUCUUCCACCUUCUCUGGGGCUCACCACUUAACAUUGUCAUUACAAUGGUCCUGCUUCUCAUCAACUUGACCUACAGCGCCUUGCCGGGUCUCGGUCUAUUGUUCAUCUGUUCUCCCGCUCUGGGACUGGCCUUCAAGGCUCUUUUCAAGCGUCGCUUCGCCAUCAACCAGAUCACGGACGCUCGAGUUAGUCUCACGCAGGAGGUCAUGCAAGCCAUGCGCUUCGUCAAGCUUUUCGGCUGGGAAACGAGUUUCUUGGGUCGCAUCGACGAGAUUCGCAAGAAGGAGAUCAGGUCAAUCCAGAUUCUGAUGUCCAUCCGCGACGGUAUUCAGGCUGUUUCCAUGAGCAUGCCCGUCUUUGCCUCAAUGCUUUCUUUCAUCACUUACUCGCUUACGAGCCAUUCCUUGAACCCUGCCCCUAUCUUCAGUUCACUGGCUUUGUUCAACAAUCUGCGGAUGCCUUUGAACAUGCUCCCUAUGGUCAUUGGGCAAGCGGUCGAUGCUCUAGCGUCUGUCAAGCGCAUCGAGGAAUUCCUACUUGCCGAGGAGUCGACGGACGACGUCCAAUACGAUUACAACGGUCAGAACGCCAUCACGGUUGAAGACGCGACAUUCACUUGGGAGCAGACAUUGGCCCAAGCACGCGAAGGUCUCAGCGAUAGGGAGAACGGUCCCGGUGCCAGAACCCCCAGCACAAUCACCAUGUUGGAGCCAUUCCACAUUCCCAACCUUAACCUGGCUAUCGGCAGAUCAGAGCUGGUGGCUGUGAUUGGAAGUGUUGGAUCAGGGAAGACGUCGCUAUUGGCCGCUCUGGCUGGUGAGAUGCGCCAAACGGGCGGUUGCUUGACACUAGGUGCCACGCGGGCUUUCUGCCCGCAGUACGCCUGGAUUCAGAAUGCCAGUGUUCGGGAUAACAUCAUCUUCGGACGCGACUUCGACCGCGAAUGGUACGACAAGGUAACGGAGGCGUGUGCUCUUCGUCCCGACUUCGAGAUGCUUCCCGACGGCGAUCGCACUGAAAUUGGCGAGCGCGGCAUCACUGUCUCCGGUGGGCAAAAACAACGCAUCAACAUUGCCCGUGCCAUCUACUUCAAUGCCGAUAUUGUGUUGAUGGAUGACCCCCUCUCUGCGGUGGAUAUCCACGUGGGAAAACAGAUCAUGGACAAGGCCAUCUGUGGCUUGCUGUCAAACAAGUGUCGCAUCCUGGCUACACAUCAGCUUCAUGUCCUCAACCGUGCCGACAGGAUCAUCUGGUUGGACGAGGGUCAUAUCAAGGCUGAGGGUAGCUACGAAGAGCUCAUGUCCGAAAACGAGGAAUUCGAGAAGCUUAUGGCACUCACCCAUGUCGAUGAGCAAGAGGGCUCACAACAAAACCCCAACAAGCCUGUCACCUCUACCACCGAGGAACCGAUCAACGAGGAGGAAAAGCUGGUCAAGAUCGAAACGCACAAGAGUACAGCAGCGUUGAUGCAAGCCGAAGAACGCGCGUUGGACGCCGUCAGCUGGAGCGUCUACGGCGCCUACAUCCGGGCCAGCGGCUCCAUCCUUGUCGCGCCCUUGGUCAUCGGUUUUCUUGUUCUCGCUCAGGGAUGCAACAUCAUGACAAGUUUAUGGCUAUCAUGGUGGACGGCAGAUCAGUUCUCCAACGUUGACGAGGACACCUACAUCGCCGUCUAUGCAGGACUGGGCGCAGCGCAAGCGAUAUUGAUGUUUUGCUUUGCUGUGUCCAUCUCGAUCUUUGGAACACGCGCUUCAAAGGUCAUGCUCAAUCGUGCCAUGACCAAAGUCCUUCGCGCCCCCAUGUCCUUCUUCGACACAACACCGCUGGGCCGCAUUACGAAUCGCUUCAGCAAGGACAUCGAUGUCAUGGACAACACCCUCACUGAUUCCCUGCGCAUGUACUUGCUGACCAUCAGCAUGCUGCUCUCAACUAUGGCCCUGAUUCUCGCGUAUUACUACUACUUCGUUGCGGCCUUGGUGCCGCUUUUGAUCAUCUUUCUCUUUUCCGCCAACUACUACCGCAGCUCGGCGCGUGAGAUCAAGCGCCAUGAAGCCAUCUUGCGUUCGCACGUCUUUGCAAAGUUCAGUGAGGCAGUGUAUGGCACCUCGACGAUCCGCGCUUAUGGACUUCGUGACCAGUUCACGGCAGUCUUGAGGAAGCAGAUUGAUGACUUUGACGGAGCGUAUUUCUUGACGUUCGGAAAUCAGCGGUGGUUGUCUCUGCGUCUCGACGCCAUUGGCCUGGUCACUAUUUUCGUUCUCGGUAUGCUGGUGGUCACGUCACGGUUCACCGUCAACCCCAGCAUCGGAGGUCUAGUCUUGUCAUAUAUGCUAGGCAUCAUGGGUCAGUUCCAGUUUGCAGUACGCCAAAUGGCUGAAGUUGAGAAUGACAUGAACAACACCGAGCGCAUCCACUACUAUGGCACGGGCUUGGAGGAGGAAGCACCGCUGCACAUUGGAGAGGGUAUGCCGAAGAGCUGGCCCAGCCAAGGCGAGAUCGUGUUUGACCAUGUGCAGAUGCGAUACCGGGCGGGAUUGCCGCUCGUGCUGAAAGACAUCCACAUGCACAUCAAGGGAGGCGAGCGUUUGGGGGUUGUCGGCCGCACAGGUGCCGGCAAGUCCAGCAUCAUGAGUAUGCUAUUUCGCCUUGUGGAAAUCAGCAGUGGUUCUAUUACCAUUGACGGAGUCAACAUCAGCACCAUUGGACUGCAGGAUUUGCGGUCUCGUCUGGCUAUUAUCCCACAAGAUCCAACGUUGUUUAAGGGCACCAUCCGGUCAAACCUGGAUCCUUUUGACGAGCACUCUGACAUUGAGUUGUGGGCGGCACUUCGACAGGCAAAUCUUGUCACUGACACGUCCUCACCGGGAGCUCUGGGCUUGCAGAGCGUGGUUGAGGAAGAGGGUCUUAAUUUCUCGCUAGGUCAGCGACAGCUGAUGGCCCUGGCCCGCGCCUUGGUUCGGGAUGCCAAGAUCAUUGUCUGUGACGAAGCCACGAGUUCGGUGGAUCUGGCUACAGAUCAAAAGGUCCAGCAGACCAUGGAGAGUUUCAGAGGCAAGACACUCCUGUGCAUUGCUCAUAGACUGGAGACUAUCAUUGGCUAUGACCGCAUUUGUGUACUAGAUAAGGGUGAAGUCGCGGAGCUUGGAACACCAUUGGAAUUGUUCGACAAGGGAGGCAUGUUCACGAGCAUGUGUGAGAAAGGAAGCAUCAAGAGAGAGGAUAUCUUGGAGAAGAUGACAUCCAAGUAG